AUGAUUUUAAUGUCAUUUUCUAAACAACGAACCGAUAUAAAUUUUGAACGAACUGAUAUUAAAUCACGUUUUAAUUGGAUUAAUCGUGCUGCUAUACAUUAUUUAAAUAAAACAGCUUUUUGGAAUUUAGCACAAUACAAUGAUUUUGUUUUACUCUAUUCAGCAAUGGCUCUUGAUAACAGUGAACAUUUACAUUUUCGUCAUACAGAAUAUUAUGCUUUAGCAUGUUCAUAUCUAUCAAUGGCUAUACUAAAUCAAGUACAACUUUUAAAAGGCAUACCUAAUUCUUUUAAAGUACAACUGUCAACAAAUGCACAUAAUUUAAUUGAUAUGGCUCGAGCUGAUAUACAAGUUGUACUUCAAUGCCGACGAAAUGAAUGCGAUAGAGCAUUAAUUACAGCUAAAACAUUUUCGAAUUAUUCACAAGUUGAAUAUGAAAUACGCCGAGCAAUAUGUUUACAUAAUUUAAAUGAACUUGAUGAUAGUCAACGAGAUCCAAUAGAAUUACAAAAAUUAUUAAAUCCAGAAAAAGUAUCUGAUCUUAUAUCAAGAAUAACACUUUUAUUAUUAUUAACUGAAAAUUGUGCAAAGGAAAAUGAUCUUGUACUAAGUCUUGGAUUUCUUGAAGAAUGUAAACAACUAUGUGUUAAAUAUAACCUUCAACAUUAUUCGAUUCUUUGUCGUUUAUAUGAAGUACAAUUAAACAAAUGUAAUUUUACAAAACCUCAAGAAUCUAUUCGAAUACUUAAUUAUUGUCUUACAGAACUUUUGAAAUCUGGUGAUCGAUAUAAUGUUGCUCGAUAUGUAUUAUUGCUUGGACGAUUGUAUUUAUUAGAAAUAGCUGAAGAUCGAGUUUAUCAUAAUUGUAACUUAGAAUUUAACGGAACUGAAUAUUUACUUAUAAAAUUCUCAGUAUGGAGGUCAUAG